GCAUUUGCUGUCUUUUGACACACAGAUGAAAUCAUGAAUAUUUUAGCUUAGUGGACGGUAAAAGAGGUUGUGGUGGGGAGGAAGUCUGGAAUUCGUUAUAGUUCGCCACGGAAUUUUCCAUUGUGCAAGAUAUAAAAUUCACUAAAGUGAUUUAUAUUAAGUUCUUAGUAUAUUUAAAAAGAUGAUGAACGAAGAUAGAGAUAGAGAUGACGAGCCUAUAGGUGAUUUGUGGUUUACAAACUGGGAACAACAGUGUAUUCAGCACCUUGAAAAUGAACCAGACUAUGAAGGGCAAGUAAUAAAUGAUAGAGAUUUAGCGACUCAAAAGACUUGGUGCUGUUUUCAGAAUUCUGCUGCUUCGAUAGCACAACUUUACAAAGAUCGACUGCAAGUGCAAGAUGUUUCAUCGUUAUGGGUGCCUUUUCAAAUUGCAGCAGGCACAGUUACAACUCUGUAUAAAGAAGCGACUGAUGCAAUACGCAGACAGGGAGAGAUAGGAACACAAUGCGGCUACCAACGACGGAACAAGGAAUUACUGAACUGGGCAAGGAAAAAACGGCGCAACAUCCGACGGGAAGAUCUCAUCUCGUACUUGGCUGGGAAACCCCUCCCUCCUCGCCCUCAUCAUUCCCAUCGGUAA